UACUACAGUUUUGACCGCAGCUUAACUGACAUGUAAUAUUUAUUUGUUUGAUUAAUUUUUAUAAAUAUAUUUUCGAUUAAAGUAUAUAAUGCGAUAAUGCCCAUGCUUCAACGAGGGGCUAGCUGUCUUAGCUAAAACGUAAACUGUCCUAACGUUAGCCUUUAGGGGGGAAAAAAUGCAUUGUUUUCCGGAGAGAAAAAGGCUGAAACCGUCAAGCAGUCAUUUCAGUAGAUCGCUCUGAGAUGGAUUUAUUUGUAUCGAAGAGUCUGAGAGAUAAUUUAGCACACUAAUGGAGUGAGAAAUAUCUUUUAAAAGAUAUUUACCAGCUGGGGUUUCACAGCUAAAGUAAGAUGGAAGAGAAAAAUCUAGACAUGUGUGAUGAGGUACAGAAUGAGACUGGGAUGGAGACUUCGAACAAGGAUAACGAGAAGAAAGACGUAAAUGACACCGUGUGCAAUAAAAAGUCUCGCAAAAAGAGAACAAUCCAAAAAAAUACUUCUCCAGUUUUGUCUCAAGAUGAGGAAGCUGAUCCUGAAAGUCCAGGUCCUCAAGCCAAAAAGCAGUGCAAAAGGAAUAAAGCAUCAGUUCGUAAGGGGAAAACAACUGUGGGGACCGUACAUGAUCAUGUGGCAGAGGGCACAGAGCACAUGUUUCGCACUCAUAUAUGUACAGAAUGCCGCCGCUGCUUUAAGACGCGCUCUCACCUGAUGGAACACAUGCGGCUUCAUUUUCCCGACCCCAGUCUGCAGUGUCCCACAUGCAAGCACUACUUUACCAGCAAAAGCAAGCUGCGUAUUCACAUGCUGAGGGAAUCCGGUAAGAAGCUGCAUCGAUGUCAGCUGUGUGAUUAUGCUGCCGUGGAACGUAACACCCUGCAUCGCCACAUCACCAGCGUGCAUGGACAUCAAGGAGAAAAGGAUGCUCCUGAAGAUCUCUAUACAUGCCCUACCUGCCAAAAGAGCUUUACCAAGAGUCAGGCAUUAAAAAGUCAUAUGAAGUCCCAUCAUAUCUCACAGAAAGGGCAGCCUCUGCCAUGCUUCCACCAAGGGUGCUCCUUUCAAUCCACAGAUAAGAAGCUGCUUCAGAAGCAUGCACUGGAUGUGCAUGGCCUCAAGGCCAUAGAAUGUCAUCAUCAUGCAUGCUGUGCACUUUUUGGGAGCAAAGAAGAUAUGGAGGUUCAUUUUCGCACGCAUCAAGCCUUUCACUGCACACAGUGCGACUUCUCAUGUUCCAACAAAAGCCGUUUUCAGCAGCACAAAAGACAGGGCCAUACUGGAGAGAUGCAGCUCAGAUGUAGCUUCUGUUCUUUCACCUCUUUUAAUCCAGUGGAGUUUGACCAGCAUGUAGGGCAUCUUCAUGCCAAUGAGAAAACACACAAAUGCCCAGAGUGCAGCUUUAUGACUGCUCACAAAAGAGUCCUUAAAAGACACAUGUUGGUACAUACUGGUGAAAAGCCACACAAAUGUUCACUGUGUGAAUUUAAAUGCCGGGAUGAGACUUAUCUCUCCAAACACAUGCUGACGCACUCUGAAGACAAGCAGUACAUGUGUUCAGAAUGUGGAUAUGUUACCAAAUGGAAGCACUACCUGAAUGUCCACAUGCGCAAACACACUGGUGAUCUCAGGUACAAGUGUAACCAGUGCAUGUAUCGCUGUCACCGUAUUGACCAGCUGAACAGCCACAAGCUCCGUCACCAAGCAAAAACCCUUAUCUGUGAGGUUUGUGCUUACUCCUGCAAGCGAAAGACUGAACUGCUCAAGCACAUGCAGGUCAAACACGCAGUUGGUGAAGACCCCCAGCUUCCUCUUUUCCAGUGCAAGUUCUGUACAUACACCACAAAGUACCGACAAGCUCUACACAACCAUGAAAACUGCAAACACACACGAACCAGGGUGUUUCGCUGCGCUCUCUGCUCCUACGACACCUUCAGCAAUACUGCACUGUUUCUGCACAAGCGGAAGACUCAUGGGUACAUUCCUGGGGAUGUGAAGUGGCUAGAAACAUAUGCAGAGAAAGAAAGACAAAACAGUUCUGUGGAUGUGAUUCAGAAUUUCUACUCUGCAGUUGAAGAGUACUCUGGAGGACAAGUGGAUUCUUUUAGUGAUUCAAAAAACACAAAGCAGGCAGAGUCACAAAAUAUGACUGAUGUUGUCAGUUCCCAAAUUCCCAACAGCUGUGAAACAACAAAUGGUACAGAAAAUGUAAAUAAUAUAGAACACCAGGAGGAGAUAAACAAUGUCACUGAAGAUCAACCAUCUGUCCACUUAACCUUAUUAACAAACACUGAAAAUGCAGAUGGAGGACAUCCAGAAACGAUGAAAACCACACCCACAAAUAUCCCAGCUGGUGACUCCCCAAAAUCCCCCACCACAUCCGAAGCCCCUGAGAUCCUUAACGAACCUGUAAGUACAGAGGAAGAUAAUGGUGUAUCAGACUGUGAGGAAGGCAGUGUUAUCGAAGACCAAGCAAUAAUCCAUGGAAAUGAAAUGUUAACCCACCAAUCCCAGACCUCAGCUGCUCAACAAGCAGCUUCCUCAGAUACUCCAUUAGCUGAGGCAGCAUGUUCAGAGACUCUGCUCCAGGUUCUGAGGAAGCAGGACAAAGACCAAGCCAAAGCUCUAAUUCUGGAGGGUCGAGUGCAGAUGUUGGUAAUCCAGACCCAGGAUAAUGUCUACCGGUGUGAUCACUGCUCAUAUGUGACACGUAAGCAUGCAGCCUUAGCACGCCACUGCAGAUCAAGCUGCCAGGUGAUGAAAGCAGCGCUUCAAUGCCAGGACUGCGGUUUACACUUUAAACAAUUGCGCUCAUUUAACACCCAUCGUCUCAGAAAGUGCCAUGCACUGCAGAAGAAGAAGAAGAGAAAACUUACCACUUCAAAAGACAAUGAAAAUGUACAGGAAAUGUAUGAAACGCAUAAUCAAAAUGUUACCAGCUGUCUGGUAUCUACUGUCACAGCAACAGAUCAAUGUGAGGAAAAUGUGGAAACAGCUACAGCAAAUAGAAGAGCAAAGACUGUCCAAGAAGAGAAAAAUUCACAGAAUAAUUCUUCUCCAGCUGAUUCCAAGUGUUUGGCAAUUCAUGACUCCUGCGAUUACCAGGAAGAGGAUAGUAAGUUCACCUGCAGAAAAUGUUCAUUUUCAUGUAGUGGUAAAGCUGUAACACCUUACCAUUGCACAGCCUGCUCCAGAAGCACACCUAAAAGAAACCUAUCUGUAAACGAAGCAGUCCCUGAGGAAGAUGAAGAGCAAAGUGACAGAGACCAGGAGCUGGAACAAGGAGAUGGAGAAAACCAAGGUGACUCAGGAGCGAAAAUAAAGACUUUAAAACGCUUUUCCUGUUCAAACUGUCCAUUUGUUUGCCAGCAGAAAAGAGCAUUAACAAGCCAUGAGAAACGGGGUUGUUUAAAACCUGGGGAGAUCCAGUGCCCGCAGUGUUCUUUUGUGGCCAGGUCAGAGAAAUCACUGAGUCAACACAUCCUUGCUCAUGGUAAAGAUAAGAGUCAGAAACGUGGCAAACAAACUCAACUUUGUUGCAAGCUUUGCUGUUUCACCUGCAAACAGGAACGGCGCAUGAGUCAGCAUGUUGCACUAAAGCAUGAGGGCGUUCGCCCAUUUUGCUGUCGCUUCUGUGAUUUCAGCACAGCACGCCGUCACCGUCUGGAUGCCCAUGAGUCCAUGCACACAGGUAUAGGCAGGCAUCGAUGUGAGCUGUGUAAUCAGACUUUUGGAACCUCUUCCAAGCUACGGCUGCAUCGCCAGCGCAUUCACGACAAGCAAGCCACCCACUUUUGCUCUCUGUGUGACUACAAAGGCUACAACCCAACAGACAUUAGCCGCCACACCCUCAGCUGCCACACGGGUGAACUGAGCCACAGAUGCAGCCAGUGUGAUUACUCCUUCAGCUCUGAAAUUGCCUUGAAACAGCACUGUAAGAGAACACACCAGACUGCCAAAACCCUCUGCUGCACUCAGUGUAGUUUCAGCUGUGACAGUGACGCUGACCUCAAAGCUCAUUUGCAGAGUAAACAUCCUGAAAAUGAGAGAGCCACUUUACUAGAAACUGACUCUCACACUCAGCUUGACCCUGAAAAGCACAGCAAGGCCUCUGUCACCCAUCAAUGCCCAGACUGCCCUUUUACCACAGCAAAGAAGCUGUCGCUCAUCCAGCACAUCUUGGAUGAACAUGAGAGUGGACACGAUGAAGGAAAAAUUCUCAAGUGUGAUAUCUGUGGCUUUUCUUGCUUCCAUCAGUUGGUGUUUGACCAACAUGUCCGGUCACAUGGAGGAACCUGUCUUUACAAGUGCACUGAAUGUGACUUUUCCACUCGGAACAGACAGAAAAUCACCUGGCACAUUCGCAUUCACACAGGAGAGAAACCAUACCGUUGUGAGAAGUGCAGCUACACGUGUGCAGAUCCUUCUCGUCUAAAGUAUCACAUGAGGAUUCACCAGGAUGAGCGCAAAUAUCUCUGUCCAGAAUGUGGGUAUAAAUGCAAAUGGGUUAAUCAGCUGAAGUAUCAUAUGACAAAACAUUCAGGAGCCAAAUCGUACGCAUGUGAGGAAUGUGAGUACCGCACAAACCGUGCCGAUGCACUACGAGUCCAUCGAGAGACACGGCAUCGUGACACACGCUCCUUCAUCUGUGAAAAGUGUGGCAAAGCUUUUAAGACCCGCUUCCUACUCAAGACACACCAGAAGAGGCACAGCGACGAGCGGCCCUACGUAUGCUCCGAGUGCCAGAGAGGCUUUCGCUGGCCAGCUGGACUCCGGCACCACUUCCUCAGCCACACCAAUCAGCUGCCUUUCUGCUGUCUCUACUGCUCCUAUCGCGCCAAGCAAAAGUUCCAAGUGGUGAAGCAUUUACGGAGGCACCAUCCUGACAAGUCUAUGCAGAGUGGUGUAGCUAAAGACCCUAACAUAUCCAGUGUCCCACUGCAGAAGGCCCGGCUUGGGCCAAAAAACAAGGGACACACAGAUAGUAAAGAUGUCACUGAGGGAGAGAAAGAAACAGAUGAAAUGUAAUCUUUGAGAGUGUAAGCAGGGAAAUAACAGUGCUUUAUAAUUUCUACAGUGACCCUCUGGCAGUGUUGGCAUGAAUUAUAUCAACAAACAAACUCUGUUUUCUAAUAUGGUUUGGGGGAACAUUGUGAACAUCAUGUGCAAGGCAUAAUAUUACUUUGUGCUAUAAAUAAACCUGUUUCAUUUGACCAAAG